ACCACAUCCACUAUUCUGUGCUAUAACUGUUUCAGCCUUGAGUCAAAAUGGCGGAUCUACUAAAAAUAACUGCACCAUCGCUGUUGGUCACAACGGGGGUGGCUGUCGUUUCUCUAGGCGUUGGGUAUUAUUUUGGUUCAAUCAAAAAUAAGAAUAAAAGCCGAACUUUGAAAUCGAACAUGAAUAAAGAGGAUCCAUUGAUGAAAUAUAUAUAUGAUCAUUCGUUAAGAGAGCCAUCGUUCCUUAGAGAUCUUCGCGAGGAGACUCAAGUGAAGACUGGAAGCCAGAUCAAAAUGAUCAUAGAUCCGCUGGAGGCACAGUUUCUAAGACUUCUUUUGAAGUCAAUGGGAGCUAAGAGAUGUAUAGAGGUCGGGACAUUCACUGGAUACAAUGCCUGUAGCGUUGCACUUGCGCUCCCUGACGAUGGAGAAGUGGUAGCUUGUGAUGUGUCAGAAGAUUUCAUUAAUAUUGGAAAAACAUUCUGGACGGAAGAUUGUGUGUCAAAAAUAAAGAUAAACAUCAGGCCUGCAAUUGAGACCCUUGAUGCUCUGAUAGAAGAGGGACAAGAAGGAACAUUUGACUUUGUUUUCAUCGAUGCUGACAAGGAGAAUUACGGAAGGUACUAUGAGAGAGCUUUGGUAUUAAUAAGGCAGGGAGGUAUAAUAGCUAUCGACAACACACUAUGGAGCGGAAAGGUACUCGAGGAAAAGACUUCAUUUGACGAGAGCACCAAGUCAAUCUCUGAGCUGAAUUACAAAAUCAGGAAGGACAAGCGAGUUGAUGUUUCAAUGUUGAGCCUGGGGGAUGGUACAACACUUUGUAUGAAGAACUAAUUUUACCAGUUCUAACAUUAUCCAUUCUGAUUGUACCUGGUACUGGUAUAGUUUGCACAUUGAAUGAAUUCGCAGAGAAUUUAUGUUGAUAUCUAAUAUUAGCAAAGAUUGUAGAAUAAGAACAGAAAUAGUUCUUAUGUUGAGAAAG